AGUUGCAGUAAUCCAAGCACAGCCCAGCCGAGGAUCUGCUUUGAUGUAGUUGCAAACCCAGCCGAGAUCUGCGCCGGGGGUGGAGCAGACGAGGAGGUGACGCUGCCGCCUCUCGAGACGGUCGACCACUCCAAUCGAACCGGAGAAGUGCGGCCGCGCAGACCCAACCGUCGCUCUCCCCGUCCGUCUCUGCCACGCACCGCGGCCUGGCUUGUGCGGCCUUUGUCCCCCUCUGGCCGUGUUGGAUGACGGCGCAAGCACGCCCGUCUCCACGCCCGUCUGCACGCACAAGCGGCGCUUCUCAUGAAUCCCCGGGCCGCCGCUGAACAAGCUGCACAGCGGAAGAAGCUCGCAAACUCGUACAAGCAGCUCCUCGAUGAAUUCGCGGCGCCGGACCUCACGAGCGUCGGCAACUACGCGCUGGGCAGGCUGAUCGGCAAAGGCAGCUUUGGCAAAGUCUACCUGGCGUCGCACAAGCUCAGCAACGGCAGCAAGGUCGUGCUCAAGUCGGCCAAGAAGGACGACGCCAACCUCGCCCGCGAGAUCCACCACCACCGCCAGUUUAUCCACCCGCACAUUGCGCGCCUGUACGAGGUCAUUGUCACCGAGGAGCUGGUGUGGCUCGCGCUCGAGUACUGCCCCGGCGACGAGCUCUACAACUACCUGCUGCGCACCGGCGCCCUCGAGCCCGCAAAGGUCCAGCGCAUCUUCACGCAGCUCGUCGGCGCCGUGUCGUACGUCCACAACAAGGCCUGCGUGCACCGCGACCUGAAGCUCGAGAACAUCCUGCUGGACAAGCACGGCGACGUCAAGCUGUGCGACUUUGGCUUCACCCGCGAGUAUGAGGGCAAGAGCAACUACCUGCAGACCUGGUGCGGCACCGUGUGCUACAGCGCCCCCGAGAUGCUCCGGGGCGAGAAGUACGCCGGCGAGAAGGUCGACGUCUGGAGCCUGGGCAUCAUCCUGUACGCCCUGCUGGUCGGCGAGCUGCCGUUUGACGAUGACGACGAGAAUGUCACAAAAGCAAAGAUUCUGAAGGAGGAGCCCGCCUACCCGGACGCCUUCCCGCCGCACGCAAAGGACCUGUGCCAGGCGCUGCUCUCGAAGCGCCCGAUCCUGCGACCGACGCUGGCCGAGGUGCUGCAGAACCCGUGGCUCGCCGAGUAUGCGCCGCGCCAGCAGGAGACGCUGAAGCUGCAGCAGCCCGCGCCCUUCUCGACCGAGCUGGAGAAGGAGGUGCUGCAGCGCAUGCGCGCCGCCGGAGUCGAUAUCGACAUGGUCAUUGAGAAUGUCCUGGCGCAGCGCUGCGACCCGCUGGCGGGGUGGUGGGCGCUGCUGCUGGAGAAGGAGGAGCGCAAGGCCCGGCGGCGAGAGCGCAAACGCAAAGAGCGCGAGGCCGAGGCGAAGAGCCUGAGGAGACUGAGUGCGGCCAGCAGCCGUCUCGACAAGCUGGCGCCGACCAUUCGAGAAACAGACGAAGAAGGUCAGCAUUACCCACUCCUCGGGGACCCGCCCAAGAGCCGGGGGCGAUCGACGAACCGGCCGAGUGCCCCCCCUGUUCCAGAGCUGCCAGAUCUGCCAGAGUCCAGCUUCGUCCCACCGCCCAUUGAGAAAGACGACGCUCGAGAGUCCAACUCAUCCUCCCGCCCGCCCCCGCCCGCCAAAGACGUCGACAGACAGAAGCGGAGGUCCCACGGCAGCAUGCUGCAGGUCGUGGGCAGCAACCCUGACCUCCUCCACCCGAACGGCUUCGUGCCCAAGCGCCGGCGAAAGCAGCCGUUCAUCAACCACCUGCUUUCGCUGCGGAACUGGAUCAAGGAAACCUCGAAGCGCGCGAGGUCGCCCAACUCGAAAGCCAGCAGCGACAAGUCCCCGAAGAUCCCCGAAAGCACACGCUCCCAGGGCGACUCGCGCAGCGGCCGCCGCGCCAGCAACGCGAACCGCAGCUCCGUCUACACGCACCCGCCGCCCUCGACACACAACGUGCCCCUCCGCCCGCGCGUGACGACGCACGGCUCCGGCUCGGUCCGCAGACUGUCGGCGUCGCCCGCGCCCCUGACCCCGCGCUCCUCGUACCGGCGCUCGUCGGGCGGCCUGCGCGGCCGCAAAUCCACCAGCAGCAGCGUCUCGAGCAUCCGCUCCAUGCCGCACCACCACCACACGCACAGCAAGGCGUCGUCGACGUCGUCGGCCUCGAUCGCCUCGCCCAGCGUCAUCAGCAGCCACAAGCCAAAGAGCCCGCACAACAGCAUCAAAGUCCUCCCCGCGACGCCCACGUCGACCACGUUCCCAUCGAACAUCCGCCUCGUCAGGACCGGCGCGCCGAACAUCAACAUCUCGACGCUCAGCAGCGAGGGCGGCGCGGCGUUUGGCCAGCAACCCCCGCCCAGCCCGGGCAUCAUGUUUGCAAAGCGCAAGCGCAGCCCGUUCAAGGGCCCCAACAUCGGCACCAGCACCGCCAACGGCCCGUGGCGGAGUCGUAGUGGUGGCGAGGUGAGCAGGGGCGCGAGCGCGCCCAGCCGGCGCAGCGGCGAGAUUGGCGGCAUCGUCGAGGAGGAGGAGGAGGAGGAGGAGGAGGAAAUUGAGGAGGUGGAUGAUUUCUCGCCGGGCUUGCGGCCGGGUGAAUUUGUCGUCGAUGUCAAUGAUGACGCGGAGGUGUCGCCGACGCUGGUGAGGCAUUGAGAUGGUGUGGGGAUUGGGGUGUGAGGGCUUCUUGAGCGUUUCCGCUGUUUUGUUUUGUUUUCUUCCUUCUGCUUGGGUGUGUGCGAACGCCCGUUUCUUUCUACAUAUUGUUCUUUUCUUCGCCUUUCUACCUUUUUUUUUUUAGUUGCUGCUCAGCUCGCGUAGACUUUUUUUUUCUUUUUUUUUGAGUCUCGUUGCGUUAGAUACCUCCCCUACCUAUUUUUACACCGUUGGAAUCCAAGAUUUGUAUAUGGCCUCAGCUACAUGUGCCGUUGAAGUGCGUGUUCGUCUCCUGUUGCUUCCCCGUUGCUACCGGUACUCAAGAUUUGUACGAGGCUGCCAGCGACAUGUGCCGCCGAAUGUGCCGC